CCUUUCAUCCUCCGGGCCGGUAGAGGGCGACAGUCGUCUGUUUGUACGAAGAAACUCAUCUAAUAUCGCAACCAUGGCGGCGUCGUUGGUGAGACUUGUCCGUGGUGGUAUUGGAAGGAGCAUUAACAUUGCCAGAAGUUCAUGUCUCCUACAGCAGCAGAUCAGAUCCCAGAGCUCCACCACCGAGUCCCGACCCACCGUGAGGCCCAAAGAUGCCGUCACUCACAACCAGCUCGCGGCAUUUGGAGAAUAUGUGGCUGAGAUGAUGCCCAAAUACAUCCAGCAGGUCCAGGUGACAUGUUACAAUGAGCUGGAGGUGAUGAUCCAUCCCGAUGGGGUGGUUCCUGUGCUGACCUUCCUGAGGGACCACACCAACGCUCAGUUCAGGAACAUGAUCGAUCAGACGGCUGUGGACAUCCCGACACGGCAGAACCGCUUCGAGAUUGUGUACAACCUGCUGUCGCUACGCUACAACUCUCGCAUUCGCGUCAAGACGUACACAGAUGAGUUAACACCAGUGGACUCUGCAGUCCCCGUCCACAAGGCUGCCAACUGGUAUGAGAGGGAGAUUUGGGACAUGUUUGGGGUGUUCUUUGCCAACCACCCUGACCUGAGGCGCAUUCUGACGGACUACGGCUUUGAGGGUCAUCCCUUCAGGAAGGACUUCCCUCUAUCGGGAUACGUAGAGGUGCGUUAUGAUGACGAGUUGAAGCGUGUGGUGGCUGAGCCUGUGGAGCUGGCACAGGAGUUCAGGAAGUUCGACCUGAACACGCCGUGGGAGGUUUUCCCUGCGUACCGUGAGCCCAAAGAGGCUGCAGCCAAACUGGAGGCUGGUGAUGCAGCUCCUGAGAAGAAGUGAUGUCCCUCUGUUUGGUCCACAUGUUUCACCACCAUGUUCUGCCUGCCUGUGUCAUUCAGACUCCAGCUUCUCGAGGACCCCACCUGAAAUAUUUAUGUAAAUAAAGAUACUAAUAAACCA